AUGGCAAAUAUCAAAGAUCUUCGUCUCCUAGGGACUCUGAGUUGGCGUCUCCUGCUGGCGUUGUUCGUAAUCAACGUGAGCGUUUUCAGUUAUGGCUUUGACAACGCCAUUUAUUCGUCCAUACAAGCCAUGGACAGUUUCCAAAAGUUGUUCGGCGAGUACAACGAAAAUACACACAAAUAUACCUAUUCCGCCAAUAAUCUCGCCCUGCUCAAUUCCUUGGGACUUCCAGCAAAGUGUGUCGGUGCAUUUGUCGGAUAUUUGAUCGCCGAGAACUUUGGUCGGAGAGUGUCAUACGUUGCCAUGCAGUCUCUCGUCAUUACAGGGACUGCAGUGGCCUUCACCGCCAAGACAUACGGUCAAAUCCUUGCAGGCCGCAUGCUUGUCCAAGGUAUGGUGGGCUGGGACAAUUUCCUGGCACCAAUGUUUAUUGCGGAGAUCGUUCCGCCUCAAGUCAGGGGUGCUAUGGUUGUCACAUACGUCUUCAGCCAUAUUUUUGGCUCAUUCAUUUGCCAUCUCAUUAGCAAUGCAACAAAGACGUACCCAGGAAACCACUCCUGGCAGGACCCCGUUCUCAGCUGCUUCGCAUUUCCAGUUUUCACGCUGUUGUUCUGUUGGCUGAUACCAGAGAGCCCGCGCUGGUUGGUUCGAAAGAACAAGAAGUCGGAAGCUGUAAAAUGGCUCAAGACGCUCCAUGGUUCGAACAGUGACUAUGAUGCUGAAGGGGAAGCGAAUCUACUUCAUGCCGCCAUUGAAAACGAGAGUGAACAGCGCGGCAAAUGGGCUGACCUAUUCAAAGGAACCAACACACGUCGAACAUUGAUAGCCAUCUUCACCGGUGCAUUCAAUCAAUUGACUGGACAGUCCUUCGUCUCUUCAUAUGGAACCAUCUUCGUCAAAAGCUUCAAUCGACUUGACCCCUUUGUGUACUCGGUCAUAUCUAAUGCUAUCACUUUGCUCGGAACAAUCAUUGUCUUCACGAUUGUCGAUAUCGUCGGCCGCCGAAGAUUCUAUCUUGUGGCUGGCACCAUCAUGACCGCCCUUCUUCUGACAAUCGGUGGCCUUGGAACCACUCAGGUUACUGAAACGCGAGCAGAUGGUAUUAUUGCCUGCGCUGCCCCAUACGGAAUGUUCUACAUCAUGUCGUUCGGGAGUAUAUCCUCUGUAACUGGGGCCGAGGUCCCUCAUAUGAGACUGAGAGACAAAACCUCCUUCCUGACCUAUUUUACCCGUUUCGUUUGCGAUUUUGCCGUCAGCUACAGCUACCCAUUCCUCUUCGGUCCCGGCCAUGCAAACCUCAACGCCAAAGUUGGCUUCAUCUAUGGCUCAUUCGGCGUCUUGGGUCUCUUAUGGGGACAUUUCUACCUUCCCGAAUUAACUAAUAGAUCGUUGGAGGAGGUGAACGAGAUGUUCGAAGCAGGCGUGCCUCCGAGGAAAUUCAAGGAUUGGAAGCCCACCGACCCUCACAGCAUUGGGGUUCUGGUCACCAGUCUUGAAAAGCAUCCAGUUCAAGCCAAAGACAUCGAAAUAGAGCACGUGGAGAAAGGACGCGCCAAAAGUCAAGAAGUUGAAGACCACAGACCACAAAACCACGGUGUAGUAUGA